AUGUUUGAACGUGCUCGAGAGCUGGGAGUCAAAUUCAGAUUUGGCAUCACAGCCGACAGAUAUGAUUUCCAGGCCGCAAACGUAUCCCUGGUCGACGGCGGAGAAGUUUUGGGAGACUUGAUCAUUGCUGCCGGUGAUCUAUGGUCAAAAGCUCGCGCCCAACUUUUCGGGAACAAUGAUCCACCAUUGCCUACAGGGGACCUCGUUUACCGCAUCGUAUUGCAUACCGACACGAUCGAGGACGCAGAUCUGGGAGCGAUCGUCUCUCGACCUCGGGUGCACCUUUGGGUCGGGCCUGACUGUCAUGCCAUUUACUAUUCUCUGCGGAACAACACGAUGAUCAACAUUGUACUACUUGUUCCCGAAAAUCUUCCUGAGAACGUCGCUAAAGCUCCUGGCGAUACCGGUCAAAUGAAAGAGUAUUUUAGUGACUGGGGCCCAUUGUAA